UACCAAGGUGACAACAGAACUGCUUCCAGGUCUGCGUGGAAAUGAAUCUGGUUAGAUUCUGUGCGCAGGUAAAGCCAUGCUGAGAACCAACACAACUUUAACUACGGUGACAACUGGGACUGCCCCCAUUACAGGAAUGCUAGUAUGUGACUGAAAAAGCCUCAGGUCUGGGCAACUGGAAGGUGCAUGAUCAUGGUAGCAGUCAACAUACACCCAGAGGGGGAGAGGUAUGAAAAAUGGAAGGACCAACACCAGAGCCUGCAUAUGUUGAUGUGGACAAAGGACUGACACUAGCAUGUUUUGUCUUCCUCUGCCUCUUCCUGAUUGUGAUGAUUAUCCGCUGUGCAAAAGUCAUUAUGGACCCUUACAGUGCCAUCCCGACCUCCACAUGGGAGGAGCAGCACCUGGAUGACUGAAAGGGACACUGCUGGAAGCUUUCACAACACAGCACAACCGUGGAGGCCUUCUUGUUCCAUGAUGGACACGUACUAAACAGCCGUUCCAAGAUACACAGGGUGAUGCAAAUACCUCUGACAGCACGCUGGUUACCACAUCUCACACAUAUCAGCUGGGGAUGUGUGUGCUGCUGCUUGACAGUACAGCU